AUGGGGAAAGGAAUCGCUAAUCAUGGCUUCAAAAGUGGGUUACUUCCCAAGACAAGACCAAUUCUAAAGGGGCCCACCCUAAGACAAAAACAGUUGGUAGAUAAAUUCACCAAGAUAACCGCCAAAAAGCAGGAGACCCAGAAUGUAGGCUAUGCUGAUGGAAUCAAGGAACCUCGUGGAUCUAGAAGAGUCCAGCCAAGCACAGAGUAUAUCGAUGUGGAAAAAUUCAUUUUGAAAACCGUACCAAAACCAAAGGACGAAAGUAGUUUGGAUAGCAAAAAUCCUAAAGAUGUUAAAGCAAGGACACGUAGAACUUACUUGGAAAAUGCUAUUCGAAACGCUGAAACUACCGCCUUAUAUAAAGAAAACUUACAACACGAAAAGAGUUUGUUGGAAGAGGCAGAAUCUAUCAUCACAAAAGAGGAUGAACCAGACCAAUCAUUAUUAACUGUUCCAACUAUUGAAGGACUUUUGAAUCUUCCCUUAAUGAGAAAACGUACUGACGAAGAAAAAAAAAUGUUAGAUAUGAAAAGAAAGUAUAACCGUGAAACAAUGGAAUUUAGAAGUAAAGAGCACCGUUUAGAAAAGCUAUUACAACUUUAUCAUGCCUCUGAAAAUUUUAUUGUAACAGAGGAACAGUUAAAUAAGCAUAUUGAUAAGGUUUUCCAAAUGGAUGACUUUAAGAGAAGCUCGACAAUUUCUAUUUACUCGCAUGGAGAUAAGGCUGAAACAAAUCUUGAGUCUUCCUUAUCUGAUGCUUUAUUUGGUACGUUAGGUAAUGGCAGAUACGUUGGCUUACCAAUAGUUAAGGACUAUAUUCAAAAUUCAACAGGAAAAAAACUUUAA